AUGCGUCAAACCCGUUUUCCUUACUGUGGGAAGAAUUUUGAGCGUGAAUUUUUGAGAGAAAACGUCUUUGGUCUUGGAUCUUGUGGUAAGUGGGAAAAAAAAUAUCUCGGGCAAUUUCUCGAAACAUUUCUGCAAUUUCUCAAAAAAAUUUCUUCGGACCAUUUUCUUCUCUUCAGUUUUUCGACACCAAUCGCCGACACCAGAGCCGUUAAUCCAGACGGGUUUCUCCGAUCGUUAAGCAGGGUUCCUUGUACCAGAAAGACGCAACAUGGUAGCUGUGGCUGCACUUCCAGACGCAACACGUUUGGAACUUCUCAUGUAGCACUUGUUCAUAGAGCUCGUCUAACAUCUGGUCAGGUCUUAAUGGUUCUAGGCGCUGCUGGUGGCGUCGGUCUUGCAGCUGUUCAAAUCGGAAAAAGCCAUUGUUAUUGCAGUUGCAAGGGAGUUCUAUGCAUUGGCUUUCUGAAGCGUGCUCGACAGCAGAAGGAAAUUUCAAGAGAACAAGCUGUCAAGGAUCUUGAGGAGAUAGACAGACGCAGAGAAGAGUUGGAACAAUUGCUCGUGGAGCAUACGAGUAGAGACGACGAGGUGUGAAUGUGACAUUGUGACCACAAGCAAAGCUUCAUUGAAUGGACUACAUCUGUUUCAUUUUGUAUUAAAUGAUUGUGUGAGCUCUCUGUUUUCAUCCUCUCACUUGGAUAAUAAUAACAACCAGCUUUUUUUUGGUCUACUGAAAAACGUAGUUUUGAUCUUUGUCGUAUAACAUAUUUAUGUUAUAUGCAAAUGAUAUCUGAUCAAAGUUUUUUUUUGAAUAAUGAAAUUUGAUC